UCGGGUUAGAAGACAUAAAACAGACAAAACAAAGCUAGCCAUCAUUAAAGCUCCUUCAAAAGCCACAUGAAUAAAUAUAGGCCUCGUCUGAUUCUCUUCAAGGUUCUCAAAGCAGUUCAAAGCAUCCAGCAGAAGUGCGAUGAUAUCUAAACGUGGCAGAGAAUUUGCUGAUCUGAAUGCCCAAGUAUGAAAAGAUUGGAGAUAAUGAGAGAGAUCAAAUCUGAUAACCGAUCGGAUGCCUGGUAGACUGUCUCAUCAAAAGGCUGACAAAAAAACAGGCAGUGCAGAGACUUGGAGAGAGAGAAAGAGAGAAAGAGAGAGAGAGAGAGGUGCACAACCCAAGCUUUCUUUCAUGUUCGUGUGAAACCAGAAACAACAACAGUCAGCGACUGCAGGGUAAAGAGAACAUGCAUUGCUCUCCUUUAAUCCUCACAUUGGUUUGUUUCUCGAACAUUUUGGUGAAUUAUAUAACUUGGGGUGACCAAUAUAGUCUGGAGUGUCUCAGUAAUUAUUUAUCCAAUAUAACCUGCUCUCUGAACAUCUCGGCUGAGUCUCUGGGCAAUGAGUCGUCUUACUGGCUGCAGUUCAGCACAUUUGACGGACGCUAUGACUGCACACUGAAGAUGGGAGAGCAGUCGUUACAGUGUGAGAUGGAUUUAUCUCCGCAUGUGGUUUUCAACGAUGUAGAGAGCUACAGGAUCACCCUGCAUUCCGGUUACCAUGGCAACAACUUCUCCAUCGAACUAGAUGCUGGCUUCAUGCCGAGAAAACACAUUCGUCCGGUCCCUCCAUCUGACCUGUCACUGCUCUGGGAGAAACACAGGGCUCUUUUCCAGUGGCAGAGCGGAUAUAACGCAGAAAUUUCAUCCAUCCCCGACCUUCAGUACCAGCUCAGCAUUUACAGUCAACACAAGCUGUAUGAGGUAGAAGCUGUUGAGCAGAAGGUGUAUGUGGAAGAGUCUAGAUUUGAACCUCACACAAAUUACACCGUGCGUGUGAGAUCGCGGCCAGAUCAAGUGCAUUAUAAAGGCGUGUGGAGUCUGUGGGCUCCUGCGUUACACUGGAGAUCUGGGGAGAUUCACAAAGGAGAGACUCCAGGAGGAUCUUUCUCUGUUGCAUGGUAUCUUCUGUUAGUGCCAUUGCCUCUGAUUCUUCUGUUCUGUAUCCCAUACUCCAGAUGGAGAAAGAAUGGUUAUAUACCUUCACCAGCCCCUUAUUUCAGAGACUGGGAUGUAGAUGUUCAGAUCCGUUCAACGCGCUCAGGUAAGAUGAGAGAUGUAAUGCAGGGGGAGGAGUCUCUCCAGAUUGACAUUCUGACAGAGAGCACAGACACGCCCCCUCAUCCCACCGCCGUAGACUACGAGGAUAUGGGAGAGAUCGACGAGCAUGAGUCUCCCAGCAUGCCGCAGUCUCCUGUGGGUUCAGAGGUCGACUCAGGAUGUUGGAUUCGUGAUUUUGCCACAACUGAGAGAGGAAGCAUCACAUACAGUGAGGACUACUGCAAACUCUCCAAUUCACACAUUUGUGCAGUCUAACAUAUGCAUGCACACUGCUGUUCAAAAGUUAGGGGUCGGUAUGAUUUUUUUAUUUUUUACAAAGAAACAUAAUUACAAGUAAACUUGCUGAAUCCUGAAAAAAAUGUAUGUAAAAAAUAUUAAGCAUCACAGAUUUUUUUCAACAUUGAUGAUCCUUGAGCAGC